UGUGGAAGCAUAAGUGAUUAGAUUCUGUAAUAAUUCACCAACAACUAAGGGCAGUUGGCCGUAGUUUGUUCUUUUAAAAUCUUUUACAUGUCACUCGUUAGCUUCGGCAGGUAAGCAAAGCCGCUCUCUUCCGGUCUGUCUCUCCUCCCUGUCUCUAGGCCUAUUAUUUCAGUACUACAUUGUCCGUGAUCUAUAAAAGUUCAAUUUUUUUUAUGCUUUCCCUCUGCCCAUUUAAGCAACUACCCAAUCGGUGAAUUUGGUUUUUCUUCUCGAUUUUGAGCCAGCAUUUGGUGCCAAGAGGGCCUAAUAAUAAAAUACGCAAUUCAGGUUCCGCUGCCAAAACGCUGCCCCUAUUUCAGUUCUUGCACAGUCCAAGUUAAAACUUGGUGCUUUUUGUUCUUCUUCAGGUACCCAUCUGAGAAAAACCUCAAAAGGGUUUCAGCAACUCCCAUCUCUUGGUUCUUGGGGUUGUUGGGCCUUUAUUUCGAAAGUCGAAGAAUUGGUUCUUAGUUCAUUGGAACAUCACUGGGCACUACUUCAUUCCAUAUUCAUUGCUUCAAGUUUAAAGUGAUCAUUGUCAGUCAAGUCUUGCUUGAAAAAAUCCAAGCUUUCUUAAAUCAAUCAUAUUGGUGUCUGAUUGAGUGGAGGACAUGAAAAAUUCAGUUCUCCCAAUUCCCACAAACAAAAGAGGAAAAGGGAAUCUGCUUUAUUUCUGCUAGUCUGGUGAGCUGUUAACUAGCUGAUUCCAUCGUUUGUCUAAGUCUACUUUAUACUCUGAAAGGUUCACUUUCCUGUCUGUGGCAAGCAUUUUCCUUAGCGUUGGAGUAGGCUCGAUCCUAGGGUUUUCGAAAGAAAGAGGAUGCUGCAAUAGGACGCUUCUUUUGCUUUACACUCGAUAAGUUCUCUAAAGCUGCCAAGGUUACUUGUUCCUUGUUCAGUCCUACAAGAUAUCACCAGUCAAUUUUAGUCAAACCCACUUUACCUUCUGUUUUUUAUAGUUUCUUCUGUUUCAUCUCUAUCUAUAGUCCUGGUCUGAAUCAACUGUUUGGUCGGGGUUUCGUUUGCUUAGGAGAAAAGUGAGUUUCCUUGGUUCUGUUGGCCUACUUUUGAAUUUAGGAGAUGGAUGGUCAUGAAAAUGAGGAUGUGGGAUUUCAACAUGGAGGUGAGGAUAACCUGCAUUGUCCAUCUUUAGGAAUGAGCACAAACCCACUGCCUGAAAAGAUUUCAGGAAUGAUUAUGAGUUCUGUCUCCAUGUAUAAACCUUCAAAUGGAGCUGACCCUUUCUUUAGUUCUGGUUGGGAUCCACUUGCUUCCUUGAGUCAAAACGAGAAUUUUGGAGGUUCUUCCACGGUUUCUCACAGUGAAUUUGCCAAUCCACCUUACCCUAUUGCACUAGAAAAUCAGGGAACUAGUAGCACAUGCCAACUGGUACGAUACCCAUCCAAUUCCAGCUUUGUCGAACUAGUGCAGAAGCUUCCGUGCUUUGGAAGUGGGAGCUUCUCAGAAAUGGCUAAUUCCUUUGGCCUUCCCGACUGUGGCCAGAUUGCUAAUUCUGGGUGCCCUCAGAAUUAUGCAUCACUCAAAGAGAGUGGCACUGGAAUAACUUCAACAAAUGGUGUACUGUCUCGAGAUGAUCCCCAAAUUUCAUGUGAGGGUGCUAUAGGCUCUUCACCUGAUGCAAAGAAAAGGAAACGAGCGUCUGAUUCCAAGAAUUCACCCGUCACGCAUCAGAAUGCCGAGGGGGAACUACAGAAGGAUCUUUCUCGGGAGAGUUCUGAUGUUCUAAAAGAACCUGAUGAGAAGAAACCAAAAAUUGAACACAGCAAAGGUUCAAAUUUGCGUGGUAAACAAACGGGUAAACAAGCUAAAGAUACUUCCAGUGGAGAUGCUUCUAGAGAAAAUUACAUCCAUGUAAGAGCCCGAAGGGGCCAGGCCACAAACAGUCAUAGCCUUGCAGAAAGGGUGAGAAGAGAAAAGAUUAGUGAGCGGAUGAGAUUGCUUCAAGAACUAGUUCCUGGGUGCAAUAAGAUCACUGGGAAGGCGGUAAUGCUUGACGAGAUUAUAAACUACGUGCAGUCGCUGCAACAGCAAGUUGAGUUUCUGUCAAUGAAACUUGCCACUGUCAAUCCAGAACUGAACAUUGAUAUAGAACAGAUUCUGUCAAAAGAUAUAAUUAAUUCACGGGGUGGCGUUGGAGCUAUUCUAGGAUUUGCUCCGGGAAUGAGCUCCUCUCACGGUUAUCCACGUGGAAUUUUUCAAGGGACCUUCCCAAGUAUCCCCAGUACAACUCCAAAAUAUCCCUUGCUGCCCCAGACUGUCUUAGACAAUGAGCUCCAGAAUCUUUUCCAAGCGGGAUUUAAUUCUUGUCCAGCAGUUGACAAUUUGGGAUCAAAUGGGAACUUGAAACCCGAAUUUCAAUGAUAGGAAGAAGAGAGAAGUGUGUGAUUUUUCCUGCUAACAAAGAAUAUAAAAUAUAUCAAGUUGGCUGCACAUUUUAACUGGAUUACAAAGGGAAUGAAUCAUCUGUUGUAUAGGCUGUCAUUUCCCGACUGUUUGUUCUUCUAAGUUUUAGCAGAAGAUUAUGUGACCUGUUAGAAUUAGAAACCAUGUAUAUUCAGACAAAAAGGCGAGUCUUUGAUUGGUGGAAAUUAUUGUUAUGAAUUGUUACUGUAGAUUAGAGGGAUCAUGUGUGAAACUUUGUGAGAGUUUUGGGGAAACCCUGGAAGAAUUUAAUUUUUUUGUUUGAAUAAGAGGGAAGAAACUCCAUUUUUAUU